AUGUAUAGCCUCCUCAGGCCAGCAGCAGCAGCGCGCAGAUUUUCAACGCGAUCCCUCCCCUCCCAGAUCAGCACUUCCAUCAGCAGCACCCAGAGAGUACCAGUGCCAUCAGUACCUAUUACCCAGACUCUCAGCUCAAGGCUCUUUCAUACUUCCAGAGCGCAAAAAAAGAUGGAUACCACUUCUACUUCCUCAAAAGCGGACCCCGCAACGGGCUGCUCAUCAAGCACGUCACCCGUCCCCGGCAUCACCUCAUCCACCACCAACCCUACGGCCUCCGUCGCUGAUGACACUACCACCACUUCCACCCCCCACCGACCAACCCAAUUCGGUCCAGAAGAAGUGAACGACGACCCCCUCGCCGACCCCCUCUCUGUAGAGCACCAAAAGCUCGAAAACAACAAUAACCCCCUCCCUUUACCUUCUCCAGAGACCGCCACCCCCGUUUCCCCAGAUCAACAACCAAAGGUAGUCACGGUCAACGGACAAGCUGUUGCCUUGGAUAAUCUGGGCCCAAUGGUGGUGCACAAAGAUGGAACGAUUUCGCGCAUUGCGAAUUGGCCCGAGAUGACGGAGAUUGAAAGGGAGAAUACCCUGAGGAUUUUGGGCAAGAGGAAUCAGUUGCGGUUGACAAAUUUGCGGGAGGGGAGGGUGAAUGGGGAGGGGAUGUAAUUGUGUAUGAAUUUGUGUAAAAGGGUUUAGGGAAGAGAAACAGAUGGGAUG